GUUUCGGUUUUCGGUUCGCGAAAAAGUUUGCGAGUGUUUUAAAACAAUUGGACUAGUGAUGUGGAACUUUUUAUUGGAUUUUGUACGUGCAAGGACGUUUUUGUGCACCGUGUAAGGAGUUCUGAUAUAGAUUCAAAAUGUUGAAGUGGGCAGUGUACGGCAAAAAGGGCCAAGAGAUACAUGUUAAUUCAGAAAAUGAACAAGAAGAUCCAGUUCUUAAUAACCGACCUUAUGAUGACAGGCUGCGUAGAUCCUUAGAUGCUCAAUCAGUUAAGAAGACAAAAAAACCAAGUAGAUAUCAAAGAAGAUCAUUAGGUGCCGCUGCUAGGAAAAAUAGUAAACAUAUUGAUAAAGAAAAUAUUAAUUACAUUGGGCACACCCCUAAUUACUAUAGAGAAGGGUUCAAAAAACCCGAAAAUAAUGCAUUAAAAGACGUAAGUAACAUCACUCCUACAUCUGUUACACCUCUCUUUGAAAAGAGAAAGAUCUUUUACGAUGAAAAAGAGGUAUCAACUGAUUUACCGCCAACACCACCAACGUAUAGUAGAAGAGUACGUGAAGCAAAGAAACGCAAACUUGAAAUGGCCGCUUUCAACAAUAAUGAAGUAUUUUCGAGAAACAGCAUCGCUUAUAAAUCUGAGAGAAAAAUUAAGCUUUUAGAUCGCAGUCAUCUCAGUGGAUCAUCGUUAAGUCACAGUAUAUCUGAACCAUCAUUAAAUGAUCUUUCAGACAGGUUAAGUGCUACUACUGAAAGCAGUAAAAGUUCAAUAGCACUCGCUAAGCAAAUAGAUAGAUUAAAAUCAGUAUGUACGACAAAAAGUGUAAACCAAGAUAUUGCCGAAAUUGAAUACGAUAAAAACAUAGUCAUUAACUGCGUAGAAAAACCAUUAAAUAAAACUCGUUUAGAAAAAUCAACCCUUCCUAUAUUUGGGCAUAGAAUAUUUACUGAUAAUCCUUUAUAUUUUAAUAAAAAUGAUAAUCAUUUAAUAAAUAUACGACCGCUUAAGAGAACGAGAAAAAAAUCGAAUGAUUUUGAAAGUUCAUUUAAAUCACCUUCAAUUGACAAAAAAGAUACACAUGCACUAUUAAGAGACGGUUGUUCACCAGUGUCUAUUACACCAUUAUCUGCUAAACUUGCUGCUUUAAGGUUUAGUGCAAUGAGUACGCAUACAAAAUCUCAAAGAGUUAAUGUCUAUCCCCAUGAAGAAAUAACAGAAUAUUUCCCGAAAAUUGAAAAUCCCUUUACCAUACCAAUCAAAGACGAAGAAAGUUCAACUGAACUGGAAAAUAAAUAUAUAUUAGGUAAAGAUUCCGUGGGGAGUGUUGCAGAAUCAACAGUUUCUACAACACAAAUGGGUGAUAUAACUCUUGAAAGAAUGAUAGAAGAUAUAAUUAAAAGUACAAAAAUAGUCAAAUCUAAAAGAAGAAUACUGCAAAAGGAAGCGGAUGAAAAAAAGUUGGUAAAAGACCAUGUUUAUCAAAACGAUGUAUUUGUAAAUCCUCCUAGAGAGGUGAAAAGUAAUAUAAUUAAAGAAGCAAAAUGCGUAAAUAUUUCCAGAGAAAGCUCACCGAAAGCAACACCCACUAAGAAAAUCUUACCACUUCAAAGAGAUACGGCAAAGCUAUUGAAAAAUGUUCCAAUUGGAGGAUAUAUCUUAGAUGAUGGUGACGGUUACAAUGAAAGGGAAGUCAAAACACCGGACAUUGAUGUGAAAGCUAACGAAAGAUACAUUAAAUGUUUUAAUAGAUCCUUAGCGCGCUCUCGUUCAAUGAAUGAUUCUAUGGACAGCCCAAAUAUAAAAAACGUCUCCUCUGAAUCGACGCCUGACUUACACACCGCUCUUAAGGAAUUUGGUAACAAUAGAUUAAGAAGACAAAAAUGUAUACGAAGAAAAAAGUCUACAGUCAGUAAUGAUAGUGAAUAUCAACGUGAGGCAAAGUCAUCUCCUCUCUCUCAUGAGAUAGGCUUACCAAGCCCAGAUUUACAGGAGAAAUCCAUACGUACUGUUCACAGUGAACCCAGCAGCUAUGAUCCAAAUAAUUCCAUUUCGUCUACUGUCUCGCAUAGUAGUUUAAAACCUUGUGAAGCAUUGAACAAGAGAUCAAGAGAAUUAUUUGGUUUGACGACUGAAACUGGUAUACCAAGUCCAAUAACUCCUGCUCCAAACUUAAAAAGAACAAGCAAUAAUCUCAGUGAAGACAGGGCCCAUAAAACUAGUAAACUGUAUGAAAACAUGCUUCCAAAUGAUUUAGCGACGCCAGUUAUAGAACAUCGUUCGUCACGACGAUGCCUGACUUAUUCUCCUGAAGAGAAUAGUAUUAGUAGUAGCGAAGAAAAGCGUGGAAGUAUUGCAAGUAAUCGUUUAGAAAGGAGUGCAGAUCGAUUCCAAGCUUUGAAGGGAACGAUUGAUUUAGAAAUGACUAUGAGAGAUGAUUUGAUAGAUGUACACGUGAUCCGGUGUCGAGAUUUACAAAGAACUUCAGGAAAAACGGAUGAUAUAAACGCAUAUGCAAAGGUGGUUAUCAGUGGUGUAGCAGAAAAUCAGUCGCAGCGAUCAAUUUUCCAGCGCACUUCCGUUCUUUAUGGAAAAAGAGAGCCAGAAUUCCAGAGACACUUGACGCUAUCCCUGCCAUCUGCCGUCUACGACCAUCAAAUGCUCCACAUCUCUGUGUGGCAUAGAGACAAGAAAUACAGGAGGAGCGAGUUUCUAGGAUGUGUCUCGUUCCCAUUAAAAGAUGUUAUUAAAAGUGACAUAUCUGGCACGUACUUCCUACAGUCGUCAGGUCGAGGUCAGGCGCAUGACGCAUGUCGCGUGACUGAGGAUCGCCGCAAAAUGGCUACGGACAAUACAGAGACAAGUACAAAUGACGCUAAAGAGAAUACUGAUAAAGGUGUUGCCAACGGUCCAUCCGCAAGUCAGGCACAGGUGGCAGCCGCGUUACAAAGAGAGGCUGAUGAGCACCUCUUCCUACGAUACCUGGAGCUGGACCCUCCUGAAGACCCAGCAGCACCCAGACGAGCACAGAGAAAUGGAAGGACGCCAUUUACGACGACUAGAAAACUGUCACGUGGUUCAGCGGGUGGCUUUGGUUUCACCGUGGUCUGGACGAGACCUCCAAGAAUCGAGAGGGUCGCGGCAGGAGGAUCAGCAGAACGAGCCGGUCUCAGAGCAGGGGAUUACAUCGUAUUUGUUGGUAACAAAAAUGUUGUGACGGCGUUGGAAGAGGAAGUACGGAAUCUAGUUAAAUCAGCCGGCCAAACACUUAAUAUAGAAACCUUCAGACGGGUUCCACAAAAUGGCGUAGGAGUGCGACCACGUCUAGCUCAAGUGAAUAUACCGUCCGUUGCCGAGUCUACCCCACCUCCCCCCAGGUCUCCAAGAGCUGCCCUAACGUCGCCAGCGGCUGCCAGACCUCCAACUGCUUGCUCAUCAACCAGUCAGUCCCUUGAUAGACGCAAACUGCAUCUUCCACAAGUCACCUUCUCCAAAGAGACGCCCAGUCUCACCAUAGAUGGUCGAAAAAGAUCUUUACUCGCCGUGAUUGCUCGAGAGCAGCAUUACACAACAUGUCUACAGUUUGGCUUAGUCAGAUUCGUGACACCUCUAGCGGAAAGAGCUGAUUUGAUUGCUCCAAGCGAUCACCAAUUGCUGUUUCAAAAUAUUGAAGAGAUUUUUAGAUUAUCGGAAGAAAUCCUAGAGCAAGUUGUCCAGGACGAUGGUGAAAUCCAAACAUCUACUGUGGUCGCUGUAUAUUUACAAAAAACGUCUAUGUUUCUUAGUCUUUAUAAGAAAUAUUGUUUAGGAUUGAAGAGAGCUGACUGUGUGCUGGUGAAAAAAUCAAAAGACCCAAGCGGCGCUUUCUCAAGAUUUUGUACCAGUCCGCCCAUACCCAGAAGACGACCGGAUAUUACGUCAUUAGUGCAUAAACCAUUAGAACAGUUCCGAGAACUAUUACGGCUUAUGCGAUCAGCCGCUGUUGCCAACGGCACAGGACCAUAUGACCAGCUGGAGAAGCAGCAGCUUCAAGUUAUCGUUGAACAGUUACAGACGGGCUAUCAAGAUGUCACAGCUGGAUCUGGUUUGAUGGGCUUAGCUGGUGAUGGAAAACCUCUUCUAUCAGUAGCUGAUCUUGAAAGUAGACUUGUGUUCACUAGAUGUAAGCCCUUUGUACUCAGCACAGGAGGUAGGCAGUGGAUAUUUGGCGGUGAACUCUCUAGGGUAGAGGGCAGAACUGUAAGGCCUUAUUGGGCCUUGCUCUUCAGCGAUCUACUCCUGUUUGCCACCGUCUCAAGAGAUCGGGUACUGUUCGUAACUGAAGAACCAGUGGCGUUGGCUACUGUGUCAGAAACUCAGUUCAAUGUUAGGAAAAAAGCCACGGAAUUCCGUCUCUCACUGGGUCGUGCGGGUGGUGAGAGCCCGUUGGUGUCAUGUUCGCCACGGACUCCCAGCAGGUCAAGGCCUAUUGUGCUUCGAGCACCUUCUAUUGACCUAAAGGCUGUGUGGCAGAGUUUAUUGCAGAGACAAAUUUCCCGCGCUCACACGAUGUCUGGUACGCCUUUGGGUUCGCCUCUCGACUCUCCGGAUCCUCAGCUUACCUUCAGUCUCGCGACGCUGGACUCCCAGCAACGUCAGGUAAGGCGAAGUUCCGCUGAAACUCAAACAGGUGGUAGUGCCCUAGAGGGGCGUAGUUCAAGAAGCAGGGGAUCCACACUUCAUCUUCAGAGGUGGAUGACUCAGCUUCCAGAAGCUGAAGAAUUGGAUCCACCAGAACCGGAUAUGGAAAUGUGGAGUAUAGAGGAACUGAGAAAGCGAUCGAAGGAGCUUAAUUUAUUGGACGUAGCUGAAUUGGUAGAACAUCAUGAAAAAAAGGAAACAAAAGAAGUUAAAGAAAUGCCACCCGUUGAAAAGAAGGAAAAUGAGCAUAGUCCAUCCAAAAGCAGUAAUUCUGGAAGCCAGAUUACUGUAAGAACCAGCCCUGUAGUAGUAGACACAUUACCAGUAUGUAGACAGUGCCACAAAAAAUGUUUGUCCAAACCAAACAGUCCAUUAUUGUCACAAACAGAAAUAUUGCCUUUAAAGCCAAAACCGGAAGCAUCACCUCAAAACUCGAUAUCUAACAAAAGCUCACAAAGUCCAUGCAGUGCUAGCUGUGAAAAGCGGAAAUCCCAUUUUCAUUGUCACUUAGAACGCAAAGGUGCUAUUAGGAUAAAAGCUGAAGAUGGCCCAAAGGCAGCAGCAAAAGUUAUAGAUUCUAUUGAACAAAGUCAAAAGAUGCUGAAAUCCAAAUCAUACGAUCUAAAAACUGAUUCACUUAAUAUGACCCGAAGUAUAUCAGACGGUAAUACUAAAAAUAAGUUGGAGUUAAGGAAAGAUCAUUCUAUACGUUCCCUUAGUCCCACUUCAAGUAGCAGGAACAGCCCACUAUCCACGAGCCAUACUACAUGCAGCUCUAUGGUGUUCAAUUCUAGUUCAAAUGAUUUAAGGACUUCGAAUUCAAACAUAACAAAUCCAGUACAGUGCGUAAUUGCUCAAGAGAAAUACAUUAAUGAAGUCAAAUGUGUUGAAAGUAUAACUUUACCAAAAUCAAAACAUUCAUCACCUGCCUCUCAUAAAAAAGAUGAAAUCACAAGACAAAAGGCUGAAACUGUGCUGAAUAAAGUGUUAGGUAUAAAUAUAGUUACUAGAAGAGAAAACGUUGGCACGCGUUUGAAAACAUCAUCUGUUUUCUUAGAUGAUGACUCAACUUUUGAAGACGAUAAUGAUUUUAAACUUGAAAGAGGAUUAAGAAGGUCACCUCGAAUGGGUAUCGCAGCAAUGACCAGAAUGAAUGGUGAUAUUACGAAGAAAUCCGAAGAAACUGAGGAUCACAAUGCUAACGUGAGCGAUGUACUAUCGGACGAAGAUACUGAGCUUGGACCUUUAAUGCUAAUGGGUUUAUCAGCCAUCAAUCCAGCUGCGCACUUAAUGAGAGUUGAACCCUUUAAGCAUUCUAUCACAAACAUUAGUAACGCCAAUUCGAGGCCUAGCAGCAUAGGUUCUGUUAAAUCAGAGUCACCGAUACCCAAUAUCGCAGUAGUACCGCCAACGCCUGAUUAUAAUACUAAUAAGACUGAUGAGCUUAUAGAUGAUUCCCCCGAUUCUCCCGAUGUUCCAGAUGACCUCCCUUAUAUAUCGUUGAAAAGAUACGGCACUAUGUCAAGUUUGGAACGAUUACCCUCUGACGAGACUGAUGAUGGAAAUGUAAGACUGACCGCAGAAGAACCCGACACGGCUAAGCCGUAUAAUACAGUGGCGAGUUCUGCUGGAGGUAUUAUGGGUUGGACCGCGCGUGCCGGCUCCUUCGUUGUUGAGAAAAUGAGUAUUUUUAGUCAUACUGAAAAUGUACCGAACACAUCAAUAGCCCACAAACAGCCGUCGUUUUUAGAGAGGUGCCUUGGUGUAAGUGAGUGGAAGUCGACCCUGGGUACAGAAGAUGGGACAAUGGAGACUGGUGAAGGUAGCGGUGCCAGUGGUGAGGAGGCCUGGGGCACUCCGUCAUCUGGAGACUUGUCUGAUAACCUACAGGAUUCUGAUCAUGGCACUUUAUCGUCUCCAACAAAGUCUUCAUCUUCAUACGCUGGUGACGAUGAUACAGAGCUAAUGAUGGAUGAGCUUCUAAUGGCACCAACCAUAACUGGCCCUACUACUUUAAGGCCACUCUUGCCAAGAGACGUUUUCAGAAGACGUCUUGAACCGUUAUUAGAAGAGGAGUUUUCAGAUAGCGGUAGCGAAGAUAACAAACCCACCCCCACAAAUUCCGAUGACCAGGGCAGCGAGUUUGGCCCCGUUGCUGACGAAUGCUGCGAGCCGCGCCCACCACUCUCUGCUUCCGCGCCGGAGGCAGGAGCCGGUGUGUGCGGCGGGGCAGCUGGCGUACCGCGUGGCGGCGCGCGAGACCUGAGUCCCGACCGGACUCCAACCAACGAAGUGCCUUCGAUACCCUUACAAUCUGUUUCAAAAGACUUUGUGGAGCGAGCGUUUGCUGGCGCCGGACAUCGGGACUCGGUCAGUUCAGCCAGUACCCCCUCCACACUCGACCGCACCACAAUACACAAUCCGACGCCACUGCAUCAGCUGUCACCAGCUUCGGAGGCGGUCCUGUCACCGGCAGUGGACGAGACAGUGGAAGAGCCAAGACCAUCGACACCGGAGCGUCUCACGCCACAAGCGGAGAUGCGACUAGCCCUGGACCAGGGGAAGGACAUGCUGGUCGAGCAAGAGAAAUCCUUGGAUGGCGGGUCCGACCGCUGGUCGUUUCGCGCGGCAUGCCAACGGUCCCUGGUGCGUCGCGUAGCGAGCGCGGACGCCGUGACUCUGUGCCGCGCGCCGCCACGCCGCACCGCCCCGCAUACUACUUCACACAGUUCUGUAUAUGCUUGGAAGGCUCCAGAAAGCGAAACGAAACUUACGGAGAUGGAGCAACUGGCACGAGCGGAAGUUCUGACGAUGCGUUCGCGGACGCGAUCUCAAUGCCAGAACGGGAAGAUAUUGGGUUUCCUUCGUCGUCGAGCGUCCUCCGAUAGCCCCCGCCGUGAGCCAUUCAUGAUAAACUCCAGGCCUUUGUCACCUCGCAGAACUACUGAAAAGCAUUUGGAGAAAAGAUUUUGGAAACAGGUUACCAGAAGAAGACAAUCAUGUGGUUCCAUCAGCCAAAUAUAAAGUGACAGAUAAAAGUGUUUACGAAUGUAGAACGUAGAUAGAAAAGUGUUACCAUUAUUUCAUGUAUUGAUGGACCUUUAUAAGGCUGGUGCCUUGACAUGAAAGGAUACUUUUGGAGUUAGUAAUGAUAGAAGGCUGUUCUUUACUCGUAUUUAAAUAUUUAUUGCCGAAGUCUUCUGAAAGCAAGCAUAGACCUCAUAUACUCAAGAACUCCUAAGGACGCUUUGGAAGUUGGAGCGCGCGCAAUAGAACUGGUGUUAAUAAAGUUAGGACCAUAAGC